AUGUCUACGAAUUCAUCGGAGAGAACUGUCUCCACCGCCGGCGGCCCUUCCCCGAGCGGCCCCAACCCUCUGGCCGGAGCUCACCACUACAUCCCGAUGAAACUCAUGUCCAGAAACUACCUGUUCUGGCGUACCCAACUCAUUCCGUUCUUGCGCGCCCAUCUCCUGGGUUUCGUCGAUGGCAGCACGCCGUGUCCAUCUCCUACCAUCGACGCCACUCCUUCUGCCGACUCCACCUCCAGUGCAACCACCACUGGUCCUCUCCCCAAUCCAGUGUAUAAGGCAUGGGUUCAGCAGUCGAUCCUCUCCCUCCUUAUUUCCUCGAUGUCGGACGAAGUCUUGCACCUGGCCGUCGGCUGGAACACCGCCGCGGAGGUGUGGCGCUCCAUCACCACGGCUUUAGGAUCCAACACCCAGGCACGGUGUCUGAACCUGCUUGGGCAAUUCCAAUCUCUACGCCAAGGCAAUGCUUCGCCGGCUGAAUACUUGGGACGGGCGGAGCUCCUCGUGAAGCCCUUGCACAGGCCGGCCAUUCGCUCUCGUUGGCCGAACAGAACAUUUAUGUACUCCGAGGGCUUCGUCCGGAGUACAGAACUUAUGCCGCGUCUCUCACCGCAGGUUCGCCGGUGA